AUGCACCGACAAGCGAUGGACGCGGUGGGCAUGGCGGGCCGUGUGGGCCUGAAGCAGACGAUGGCUUCUCGCAUGCUGCAGCGCUUCAAGAGUACUGCGGUGGUGGGAGCUAUUCCCACGACAAACUACCGCGGCCCUGAGGGGGUGCAGGGUGCGCCGCAAUCGCCCGAGGCUUCCCCGCGUCGCGACUGGCAGCGUGCCGAGGUGCAGAAGCUGUUUGACCAGCCGCUGCUGGAGCUUGUGUUCCAAGCGGGAACGGUGCACCGUCAGCACCAUGACCCCCGCCGCAUCCAGCUGUGCACGCUGAUGAAUAUCAAAGAGGGCGGCUGCUCCGAGGACUGUGCGUACUGCUCGCAGAGCAGCCGAUACACGACGCACUCCAAGGCAAGCCAGCUUGAAAAGCUCGACAAUGUCAUGGUCGAAGCUCGCCGCGCAAAAGAGAACGGAAGCACGCGUUUCUGCAUGGGCGCCGCUUGGCGCGAGAUUGGCGGCCGGAAGCGCGGCUUCCAGCGCAUCCUGGAUAUGGUCAAGGAGAUCCGGGGGAUGGGCAUGGAGGUCUGCACGACGCUCGGCAUGCUCAGUGCCGAACAGGCCAAAAUGCUCAAGGACGCGGGUCUCUCUGCCUACAACCACAACCUUGACACGAGCCGCGAGUACUACGGCAAGGUGAUCACCUCGCGCACCUACGAGGACCGCCUCGAGACGAUUGCCAACGUGCGCGAUGCCGGUAUUUCCGUGUGCUCCGGCGGCAUCCUCGGUCUAGGCGAGGACGAGUCGGACCGUGUCGGCCUGAUUUGGGAGAUGAGCCGCCUGCCCGAGCACCCGGAGAGCUUCCCUGUGAAUGCGCUCGUGGCCAUCAAGGGCACGCCGAUGGAGGGCCAAGAGCCGGUCAACUUCCAAGAGAUGCUGCGUACGAUCGCUACGGCGCGUAUUGUGCUGCCUACCUCGAUCAUCCGCCUCGCGGCUGGCCGCCAUCUCUUUACCGAGUCGGAGCAGGCGAUGGCCUUCCUCGCGGGUGCCAACGCCAUCUUUACCGGCCACCGCAUGCUUACGACGCCGACCGCGUCCUGGGACGAGGACAAGGCGAUGCUCGGCCGGUGGGGCCUCACUGGAAUGAAGAGCUUUGAAAGUAAACGCCUCAAACCGCUCGCUCCAGAGGUGCAUGCAGACGACGCGGCGGCGCCCGCUGACCCUCACGCGACCGCUGCGCCCCGCCCCGCGACACUCGGCACGAGCAUUUGA